AUGACGACGUUCUCUCACAGUGCUGCGAAGAAUAAGUAUUACACCCUUGUCACACCCCUGCUGCCAGGCAGAGAGCCCAGAAUCCCUCGACAGAAUACCCAGGAGGAGCGCUGGCCCGCCACGGUGUUGUACGCCAUCAUCAAGGAGGUGCCUCUGCGGCGCUGGAAGGAGUUCCUGCGUCUGCUCUCCGUGCCCGACCGGCAGCUGGAGCGUGUGGAGCUGGAGCCAGGCAUAGGCUCCAUGGAAAGGCAGUACCAAAUGCUGAGGCUGUGGAGCCAGGGCCCGGCUGCAGGCCUGGGGGAUGUCUACUCUGCUCUGCUCUACAUGGACCUGGCCGGCUGUGCCCACCAACUGCAGGACAGCCUGGAGCAGCUGCAAGCACUGCAGUCGAGAGCCACAACCGUUGACUUCACCGCAGAGAACCAUGGAGUCUGGAAGCUUACUUAGCCCAUGUGACAUCACCACAGCACCACCACAUAGGAUUGUGGAGGCUGCUGGGACAUAACUUAUGACUUUACCACAGAAUAAGAUCAUAGCCAGAUGUGAAUAUGACAUCACGACAGCAUCAUAAGACCACGAAGGCUGUUCUUUUCUUCUUCUUUUUAAAUAGAUUUUGGUAUUUUUAUACUUUAUUUACAGUAAUUCACGAAUGAGAGGGAGAGACUGAUGGAUAGAGUGAAUUAGACAUAGAUCAAAUCCCCACCACCAAGGACCAUGUGACAUCAGGAGUUGGCAGCUCUACCACUACUCUAGUCACCGGCACUAGAGGCUUCCCUCACACACCUGGACUGUAGUCUUCCUGUUCAAGUCCCACUUCAGAGACUGGUUACCUGCAGGGUUGGGCAGGUUACUUUCUAAAUGUAAUCCGUUACAGUUACUAGUUAACGUUAACGUAACUUUUUGAUUACCCAAACUCAGUAACUUUAUCUGAUUGCUUUCUGUUACAUUUGGAUUACUUCCCCCUUAAGAGGCCUUAGAAGAAGACAAAAAGGAUCCAUCAAACGCAUUUGGUGUGUCAUCAUAGUGGUCUCUGACUUGUGGUCAGACUUGCUCAGGUUGAAUAAACUGAAAUUUGUGCAUAUUUUCAAUGCUGAAUUGAAUGUCAUUGAGAAAACAGAAAGGUGUCAAAAUGUAUUUGAUUACUGAUAGAUUCAUCUGAUUACAAAAUUCUGUUAGUAACGGAAAUGAUUACAGCUAUUCUUUUUUGUAAUCUGAUUACAUGUAACUGAUUACAUACAUGUAAUCGGUUACUCCCCAACCCUCGUUACCUGCCUGUCGAGGACAAGUGAUGGGCAGAUUCACCCCUACCUCAGCAACUUAAUCAACAAAACUUGUUGAAUCUCCUAAAUGCAGUUGCGCCCCUGCAUUUAGGAGACUUCUAAAACCAAAGUUGCAAUCGGUUACAUGUAAGUAA